UUUACAUCCUGUUUAAUAGACAUUAGGAAGGAAAGAGAUAGAAGCUCCCAAUGGCAGAAUUAGAAGCUUUCUACUGUAGAUCUAUACAUCUCUGCAUGAUUAUAUUAUGUUGCUUUCUUCUCAUGAGGACUGAUGCUCAACCUACCAAUCCUUGCAUCUCAGCGUUGAACUUGGAAGACGGUGGCAAUGCUCAAGAAGGAAUCAUGGUUUUCAUCACACCUGGUGCAAAAGUUGCUCAAGGAACUGAUCUAUCACUUCUCUGCUGUCUGUACAGUAGUCUAGAUGGAUUGAGCUUCCCUGAUUGGACAUUUGAGCCGGCCAACAAUAGAGAGACUUUCAAUCUUUCAAUGUAUAUAGGCCCUGAAGUAUCUACUCAUCCAUACAAUGGGAAGAGUUUGCUGUAUCGAACCAUGAGUGUAACUGCUACAGAACGUAUUAACAAUACCAUGGUCAAAUGUGCAACGCCUGAACUUCAAGGUGCUUGGAACACAAUUAUUGUGAUGGGUCCACCCCCACCUCCCAAUCCCGUGUUGGUCAUCCAAGACACCCUUAUUAUAAGAUGGGAUCCAGUGUUUUCAUGGCCUGAGUACCCAGUCACUGGAUACAGAGUAAUGCUACUUCGAUCCAAUGGACAGAAACUGCUUGAUCAAAGAUUAAACAGUACAAGCAUCAGUAUUUCACUACAACAAGCCAGUCUGUUUGGAGUCUUUCUAGAAGAGUGUGAAGAGCUGGUGUUUUCUGUUAGUGCUACCAAUGAUCUCGGUGAAGGAGAACAGGGAAGCAUCACAGGAGGUCUCCCUAAAGCAAACGGUCUGACGUCCUACAAUUCUACAGUACAAGUUGUUGUACUCUUUAAUCCUGAACUUGAACCAAGAGCUGAAAUCAGUCUCAAGACACCUUCUCUGUGCCCAUACCAAACCUUGAAUUACACACUCUUUAAUAUUAUUGAGGGAGAAAUCAACGGAAAACAUCAAACAGUGAUUAUCAGUGACCAACUCAAGAUUCAAGAUUCACCAGUUAAAAUUCUUAUCAGCACAAUGUCGUAUCCCCGCCUCAGUUUUCAGCACAAAAAGAAUACACUGUUUACGUCUACUUAAGCACUGCUGGUGGGGGAAAGUCUUUUCACUGAAUCAACCAAUUUCACUUCCAAUGUUUUGUCAAGAAUUAUUGAAAUUGAAGGCCUGUCGAUUGACGAUAGACUGAUACUGGCCAUUAUCCUGACGAUCUUGUUAACUCUGGUUGUUGGAGUCUCCAUUGGUGUCUUCAGUGUGCUGGCUGUGAAAAAGUGCAGGAGGUCUGAGAAGAUCAUUCUGAAAGCUGAAACUGAAAUGAGACCACCACCUGGAGUACAAGAAAGCACUAAACCACAAGAGAACCUUGCCUAUGGUCAUGGACAUGUACAUAGUUUCAAGCAAUGAGUCAGUCGAGUGCUGUUUUGGUAAUUGGCUCAUAUACUCAAUGUUUCCAUAAAAAAUUACUAUCAGUUUUACCUUCUGCUGACGCUCCUAGAUAUACAAAGUGCAGUUUUAUUUGUUUGUACGCUGUAGCAUAUUUUCAUUUGUACAUUUUGCUUGCAUUCCCGGUUCAGUUGCACGUG